CUGGUACUGGUAAUAAUGUUGAAGGUGAAAAUGCUUGUAAUGAUGCGGAAGGUAUUUGUAAUAAUGCUGAAGGUUGUAUUUGCAACGAUGCUGAAGGUGGUAUUUGCAACGAUGCUGAAGGUGGUAUUUGCAAUGAUGCUGAAGGUGGUAUUUGCAACGAUGCUGAAGGUGGUAUUUGCAACGAUGCUGAAGAUGAAGAUGCUUGUAAUGAUGAUACUUGUGGCGAUACUGAGGACAAGGGUAAUACCAAAGUAGAUUGGCUUUUUUUGACUGAUAUGCAAAUAAUGGAUGC